UCUCGCUCCCGUUCACUGUUUUCUCUGCCCUCUUCUUCCCAGACUAACCGCCGGGCCUUGUGCUCUGGCAAACCGCGAUCAUCUCGCCUUCACGUGGAUUGUCCGUGGAGAUUGGCAGAAGACAGGCAAGAGCGGUUGCAGACGUCCGCCAGCGACCGAUCCAACCUCUUGCACGCGUUUGACGGUUCAAACUUGUCUGGUUCGCGCGACCGUGCUGGCUGGGCGCGCCGUCGACAACACAUCCUACUUGCACACCGACGCGGUCGACGUUCCAGUCUCGAUUUCGGUCAUCCAGGAAUCUGGCCGCGCAAAGCCGUCUCAUCUCGCCGUGCCAUCCGGUCCGAGAUAGCACAUCAUUUUCCCUUUCCCCCCGUCGCCACAUAGCACACACCACCCCCGCCGCCGUCCUCCCGAGGCCAGGCGUCAUCCUUCCCAUGUCAGCAGCGGUCUACACCCCACCGCUGCCCUUCACGCGGGACGCGAACGCGGCCGGCCUCCCGCUCCCGUCCAUCCCCCGGCGCACCUCCUCCACCACGCCUCGCGCCCGGCAAGCCUCCUCGGCACCGUCCAUCCUCCUCGCCCAGGCCGGCCCGAGCUCUGUCGUCCUCCAGCCGCCCACGCCGCCGCACCCGCCGCCCCUAUCACCCCCCGCGGCCGCGCUCCCGAUCACCGCCAGGCCGCGCGCCGACUCGUCCGCGUCCGCGUCCACGUCCUCGAGCGCCGACACGCCCAGGCCCCUAUCUCACCGCCGCCACGGCGACGACCUGCGGCUCGACCUCGACGCUAUCGCCCCAUCGCCUUCCCCCCGCCGCCUCUCCGCUCCCGCCCUCGCCGCCUCCGUCUCCCUCGACGCCGCUCAACCGCUCAUGCAGCAGCCCCCCGCCGCCGCGACGCCGACCACCAAGGCGGGCACGCCCCUAAAGUCGUCCCUCAAGUCGCGCAGACCCAGCGAGGCCCGCCCCACGGCCCUCCAGGUCCUCGCCGGGUACGACAGCCUGCGGACCAAGUCGGAGCCGGUCACGCCCACCGCGGCGGCCAAGAACGUCCACUUUGACGACCGCCUCGAGCGCGUGCGGCAUUUCCUCAGCGGGCAGAAGCCGAGCGCGGUCAGUCGGGACGGCAGCCCGCGCGAGACGACGGACGAGGAGGACAGCGAUUGGCCGAGGUUUAUCUACGGCCCCGGCCCGCCCUUACCGACCGAGAAGGACGCCGGGAAGCGGGUGUUGCGGAUGCGCGUCGAGGACGGGCACGCGCCCGCCGGCGUCGGCCAGCGUAUGGGCGACGACGUCGUGCUGGAGGAGAUCAAGUUUGUGAACACGCCCGAGGGGGCGAGGGUCGAGGGCAUCGUGAGGGUGCGCAACGUCGCGUUCGAGAAGCGCGUCGCGGUCCGGUUCACGUUCGAUAACUGGACGACGACGAGCGAGGUCGCCGGGCGGUACCUCGUCUCCGCGCCGGAUCACUCUUGGGACCGGUUCGGGUUCGAGAUCAGGGUCCCCGUGCAUCGGGCGGAGGAAAAGGUGCUCGUGAUGGCGGUCAGCUAUCAUUCGGGCGGGAGGGAGAUGUGGGAUAGCAACGCGGGAAAGAAUUAUAGGGCGAGGUUCGAACUCGUGAAGGAGCAAGAGAAGCGGGCGUCGUAUCGGCCGCAACAGCAGAGGAGCCGGUCCGCGCACCCGGGCGCGUCGUUCGCGACGAGCAUCUCGGACGAGGAGAUGAGCGACCUCACGUCAAAGCUCGAGAAGGUCGCCGCGGGGGGCAACGCCGCCAGGGCCGCAAACGACGACGAGCCGGAGUCGCCCAGGAAGGAAGCGAAGGCGGCGGACGCGUUCGAGUUUGAGAAGGGCGAGAGCCUGAGCAAGCGGUACGAUUUUGCGGCGAGCUCGAGGAUGGCGUGGCAUCGCCCCGCGAGCCCGGCGUCGGUCGCGCGCAUGGUGUCGCCUACGCGCGAGGACGGCGCGGUGCCGUGGCCUCGACAACAGCAGCAGCAACGCGGAACGCCGCGGAGGAGCGCGAGGGAGAUUUUCCAGCUCGGAAGGGGAUCGCCGCGCGAGCCGGACGAGGAAGACUGGAGGCGCGUGGUGGCGGACGCGGCGCGGGACGAGGUCGACGAGGGCGAGCUGCCGUUCGCGCGCCCGGCGCCGGCCAAGCAGCGGGGGAGGAUCCAUCAGCGGGGAUAUUUUGACCUCGGCUUCGACCUUGGACGCGCGGGGAGCGGGUUUCGCCCGUACGGUGCCCACCACACCAUCAGCGACGACAAGAAGGGAGGAGGAGGAAGCGGCACGCCCCGUCUGGGACCGGAUGGGUACGCCGCGCGGUUGAACUCGUAUCCGCCUGUGGCGUCGCCGCCGCACGAGACGGGGACGCGGGAGACGUCGUUGUGGGGGAAGAGCGGGCCUGCGCCGGCUGCGUGGCAUGCCGCCCUCGCGAUGCGUCGGCCCUUGCACCACCAGCAGCACCGGGCCGGGGCUGGCGUCGGCAGCGAGGCCUCGACGCCGAGUUUUACGACCGGCGGGAGCUCGAGCAGCGAGCAGACGAGCCCGGAGUACGAACGCGAGAACCCGCUGAGCCCCGUCGGCGGGCCGGACUAUACGGCGCUCGUGAACCAGCUUUGCUUCUUCACGGGAGGGAACUCGCCGGGUAAAGGGUUCCUUACCCCGUCCGAGUUACCUGGCGACGAGCUCGUCCGUUCGCACUCGGCGAGCAGCGUUCAGGACUACUUCGGCUCGCCGGCGUCGUCUGUGCCGCCUCUGUUCGCGUCUUCGUCGUUCGAGGUGCAGAGAUCGAGCAGCUUUGACGAUGCGACGGGCGUCGGGAGGCGGAGCGGCAGCUCGACGCCUCGCGUGAGCCCCGUCGCUUGAAAGAAGAUCCCUCCACCAGGAUCAAGUACAAAAGUGCGAGACGCGCCAGGGCAAGAACCCAAAGACCUUUUUUUAUGACUUUUCUAUCACGGCACGAGGCGACCUACGGUACUGUACGAUCAAAGUGAAUCCGGGAGAUGAAGAAGGAGGAGGAGGAGGAAUCCGCACACCACGCACGACUUCGACAAGCCCUUUUAACUCGACGCCGCACCCACUCUAUUCCUACCCUACGCAUACAUACGUCUACUUGGCCGCGAUACACGAAGAUUGGUAGAGACACAGAAUACCCCAUCUGUACCACUACUGCAUCCGUUUUUCUUCACUUCGCCUUAUCUUUCAUAUAGGGGUCCGCUGUUAGGGCAGACCCCUUUCGAGCUCCCUAAAUCCUUAUUUCUCUCAUACAUAUCCUAGACUACCGUAUGCACAUUCAUGAUCACGAGCAAUCACAGACUAUCUCUCCC